UUCUUCAAAAAGUCUUUCCCUGUGUAACCUGAUCAUGGAGGAACCUCCAGACAGUGGGUUGACCGAAGACAUUCAAAGAUCUCAGAUUGAUUUAGGUGCAAUUAUUUGGGGCCCUGAUGCUAGUACAGACAGUGUCAGCCAGGAAAUUACCCAAGGUGGGUCGCAGGAAGACUCUGCAUGUCUCUCCAAAGCAGAGCAGGAACUGGGAUUUUCCACCAGGAUACUUCCUGCUGCUGGCUGGCACACUGUAGCUGGACAGGGUGAGCAUGGUCUGGGGGCAGCUGCUCCACGUGGAGAAGAACAAAUGCCCCCAAAUCCCAUGCCUGGUGCUGCUUGUUUGGAGAUGGCGCAUCCUUGCGAUCUACCUGACUCAGAGAUACCAGCCGUGGAAACUGGUGGCCUGGUCAAAGAAAGUCAAGAAGAUGUUAAAAAGUCAGAAGAAGAAGAAGGAAAACAGAAGAUAGAAGAUUCUGUCUGGGCAGGUGUGGAGACAUAUGAAAAGGUAGAGGCUGGAGCUCUUGGUGUCAAGGCCCUAGGAGGGACAGAGGAAUUUGAAGAGAGAGGAUGUACAGGAAACAGAGUAGUAGAUCUUUUUAAGACAGUAGGAAAGCAAGACCAGGAGACCUUAAAAAGCAAUGAAGAGGAAACUAAGAAAGAUCUAAGUGCUGGGUAUAAGGAAAGUGUAAAGACCAAUGAAAAGUAUCUUGAGAAAAUUGACAUAUUUGAAAAAGACGUGGAAAGUAUAGACAGAGCAGAUGAGUUGAGUGACAGAGACCAAGGGCUAGAUGAAGGGAUUCAAGUAGUAACAAAUAAUUGUGAAAUUAUAGAGGGAUCUGGAGCUAACCCUGCCAAUCACACAGAUAUUUUGAAUCCGCCUCUCCAUACUGACUCUGUAUCUAAUCCUGAAGAUGCCAGCACAGAGGAAUGGUUCUUAGCUGGAAAAAACAUAAAGAAAAAUGUAAUUGACCCUCCUAACCAUGAUAAAAUGUAUCACUCAGCACAGGGCAGUGCAGAUGCUGAAGAGAUGCAGUGUGAGGCUGUGUUACAUGCGCCUGGAAGUAACAGAGAUGGAAAUCAGUCUGUUGUUUUAUCGAUAAAACAUGAAGCAGCAGCUCAGUCUAGGACAGAUCUUAAUUAUGCUCUGGGAACUAAUGCAAACAGAAGAGAUUGGUGUUUGUGUAAGGCCGAAGAUUCAUUAAUAGAGGAACCUGAAAGUACAGUGACUGGGAACUGUAGCCAUACCAUUAACUUGCCAAAAAUUGCAAAACCAGACUCUUGGGGGACAGAUCCAGGCCAAAUCUGGCAGCCAAGCUUGGAUUCAGCAGUGAAUAAUACGGAUAUAUUGGAAUUCUCUGGUAUACCAGAUGGCCAAGCAAGUGGAUUUGCCAGUUGCCUUGAUUCUAUUAGUCACUGGCCUAUCAGAGAUACGGGAGGCUUAGAUAAUUGCUGGGAACAUUUAGACACAGUUGGGAGCAAGAAAGGGCUGGAGGUGGACUUACUAGCAGAGGUAUGUGGGGAACAAGCCAUUGCUAGCCGUGGGGAACAGAGUCAAGAGAUAGCUAGACCAUUGGUUAUGGGAACCUCCCAGAAUGUUAGCACCGAGAGUUCCACUAGUCCCCAAGACAAUGACACCAACAACUCAGAUUUAUCUGAAGAUGAAAUUGCUAACCAGAGAUAUGGAUUGUUGUACCAAGAAAUAGAGGCUGAUAAAGAAGAGGUACUUACCCCAGUAUGUAGUAUAGACUAGCCAAAGACUUUUGUAGGUUCUGUUUUUCCUAAUGUUUCUCACCGACUUCAUCAUCCAUCACUAUCUUCUCCAAGAUCUGCUUCAUCUCCUUGACAGAUUGUCAUGUACCUCUUGAAAUCUGUGCAAACCAAACACAAAAUAGGUUGACAAAACAAACAAACAAAAAUCCCCCGGAACAACAACACAAAAAGCAGAAUGAUGGUGUUGGAAACUAAUGAGUGUCUACUUUACCAUCCUAUUUACUGUAUUUAUUCUCUCUACUUUCACUUUUAUUGUUCAAGCACUAAAUAUAUAUAUAAAACAGACAGAUUUACUGUUCCUAAAGUGGUUCCACCCCAGUAAAAACACAUGAAAUGUUUCUACCCAGGCCCGUGGAAGCUAUAAAAUCUCAUAAUAGCUGUUCAUCAAAAUGAUGUAUUUAGAGAAAUACUGGAAAUGCUUCCAGAUUCUAUGGAUGGCUAAAAAAACGAGCUAUUUAACCACUCAUGGCUCUUGUCUGGAAUCAUGUUCUCAUUAUUGAGAAAGUGGGCUUUGGUUAGCCCUGAGCCACAUACCAGCAAUAAUUGUAAAAAUAAUGUUGUUCUUUUUUUUGUCAGCCUAUUUAAAAUAAUACAGUAUGGCCUUUUCCAUUUCCUAAGCAUUUUCAUGCACAGCAGCCUUUUGUAUUAUUUUAAAAUUUGCAGUGGUUUUUACUUUCCCACUUGUCUAGUAGACAUUUACCAAUCCUACAAAAGUAAUGAAAAAAAUAACGUACUCUGAUUCCCAUU